AUGCCAAAGGCAGCCUUUGUUAAAGAUCUAGAGAUCAUAGACGCUUUCUCGGGCUAUUCGGAUCCUUAUGUUCAACCGAACUUAGCCUACUUACAGCAGCUGCGGCUUAGGCCGAUAGGAUAUUAUUUUGGCGAAUACCUCAGUCAAGGGUAUCUCGAUAUAGAGGGCAAAUGUUCCCAAGCGACUAUGCAGGACUUGAUAGGCAGUGGUUUGUUUCAACUCAUGCCUGAGCUGGAGAGUAAAGAUUUUUGGGAUCAAUGGGCAAAAAGGGUCAUCGAGCUCCGGAGGCCUUUCAAUGAAACCGUCAACAUUAAACAGACAAAAAAGUCCGAUGUCCGCAGAGCCAUCGUUAUCGCAGAAAGAUGUUUUCCUGGUCGAUGGGCGAUUCCAGUCGCCACAAUGCUUCUCGCGCUCAGGCCCUGCCUAGACAAGGAUCGUGUCAUCCUAGAUGCCUUUGCGUCAAUGUAUUCUGUGGAAGAGGUGCGACGCCUCUCGUUACGGGAUAUCAAGAUUGAUGCAAUACGGCUACCUGAAGUCAAGCAGUUUGGGAGACUGUUGAACGAUAUUCAGUGCCAUUUGUUAGGCGAGGAUAUCGAUCUUUUGAAAAACCCUUUUGCAAUGCUGAGGUGA